GGAGCGUUGUUGUCCAGUUCAGUGUCAAUGCCAACCGCACACAGUAAAGGUCUGCUGCUGCUUGGAGUGCUGGCUUCACUUGGCUAAAUAUCUAACCGCUUGAAUUCUAGGAUUUGACAUCGGCCUACAUACAACAUGGAGUUGAUAUCAUACGUAAACAAGUUGGAUAUGACGGAUGAGAACGAUAUGAAAAUACAAGCAAAUCCGCCGGCGAAUCAAAUAAAAGAUGAGAUGAACAAGGGAAAGGAGUCGCCGUCCGAGAGAGGAGUCAGAUAUGCUAAACAGCUAACUAUGGUCUUCGCAGCGGCCGUAGGUCACUUCAAUCUUGGUAUGGCCCUCGGGUGGCCAAAUGUACUCGCCUCGGGUCUUCAGACAAGCAACUCGACUCUAUUUGGGCCGCAGAUACAUUUUGAGGAUUGGGAGGUCGAUAUGGCUGCUGGCAUGCUUUUCUUCGCUACGAUACCGGGAUUUCCUUGCGCUGGGUGGAUAGUAGCUCGCAUCGGAAGGAGGAAAUCAAUGAUGCUUGUUGCAGUUCCUGGGGCGAUUGGAUGGGCACUCGUUCUUCUCGCCAUCAACUCUCCAAUGGUCCUCGUUGGAAGGUUCGCUGGAGGCCUCUGCUAUGCGCUGUUGGGAGCGUCAGUUCGGACCUACUUGGCAGAAAUAUCCGACGUAUCCAUCCGGGGCGCAGUCUCUUUGUCCACGGAGGUCAUGAAAGGCAUCGGAGCGGUCACUGUGAUUGGACUGGGGAUGGUACUGACGUGGUAUUAUGUGGCGGCAAUCCUCCUCGGCCAUCUGCUAUUUUACGGAGUCUGUGUGGUGCCUUUCCUUCCGGAAAGUCCGACGUACCUCGUUGUUCGCAACAGGGAAGAAGAAGCUCGCCGGCUGCUGAGGCUGUUGAGAGGUCCUGAUGUCAAUCUGGAUGAAGAGAUCAGGCGCCUGAGAGAAAUGAACACGAACGGGGCUUCCAGCAACGAAUGCUCGGGGGUUUUCACAAGGGAUGUCCUCAAAAAAUGCAUGGUAAUCUUUGGGUUGUUCCUCAUCUCAAACUUCUGCAGCACUGAGGUUAUAAAGGCCAAUGCUAUGCGCAUGCUCCAGACCUCUGGACUGGCACUGGAGAAAGACGUCAGCACCAUAUUGGUGUUCGUCCUGUUACUGGCCGGUAAUGUUACGCAAGCACUUAUCCUAGACAAAAUUGGACGUCGGAAGUGUAUUAUAGUAUCACUAAUCCUCAUUAUGCUUUCCUACGUCAUAUUAGGGGCAUAUACAUUUCUUUCCUCAUCAGAUAUCGACAUAGUGCUGCUGGAAACAGAGAAGAACAUCACUACAAUACUGGUUGAUGAAAGUUCUUCUGCAGGAAUCUCCUGGGACUGGAUGCCAACUGCGUGCCUUAUGACUGCCGCCUUUGCCAUCAGUCUGGGAAUAGGACCUAUCCCGUGGCUUCUCUCUGUCGAAUACUUUCCCACAAACAUAAGAUCCCAGGUCAUGAGCCUCUGCACCGCAGUUGGUAAUAUGUUCAGCUUCGCCUCCGUCCAGGUAUAUAGUCCUAUGCAAACUCUGCUGACGCCUGCUGGUCUGUACUGGAGUUACGCUUCUUUCGCCGCCAUUGGCAUUGUCUACACUUGUUUUAUUGUUACUGAGACCAAAGGGAAAAAUAUUGGCUGAGACGCAUAUUGGUGGGGCAUACCCAUAGCUUCCCUAGUUUUAAUAUGAGUGUGUAUUGUUUGGGCUCCAUGAUGUCAAGAAGUAAUGGAGAAGGUAAAAAUGCAUUUUAACUUCAAGACAAUUACUUCAAGCUCUUAGAAUUCAGUAAGAAGUUUGUGCUACAAGUUGUGUACAAAGCAAAAAUGCCUGCCUUUCAUUUUAUAUAGUUUUGUUUGAACGCACGAUAUAUGGAAACAAUGUGCCUUACUUGCCACAAGGAUUGUCUAAAGGAAAUCUCUCUAGGAUUAUUAUAAAGAAUAAUAAUGAAGAUUGUCUCCUACAAAACAGAAAAAAAAUGGAAAAUUAAAUUACGUUAUCAUUUUAGCAAAUUUAAAUGAUUUCUUAUUUAUUUUUUCAAUUUCUAAACAGAUCAUGGAAUGGCAUUUUGAUCGAUACAUUCAUAUAUAUAUAUAUAUA